GCCUGAAGAUGUCAUCAAGAAACAGCUGGUGGUGAAUUGUUGAAGAGACAUUUCCAAUAUUUUCCAAUAUAAUUUUUGAUUAUUUGUUUUUCCAUCAAUAAUAUAAACUUAUUUGAGCUUGUGUAAAAAAAAAAAAAAACACGGCAAAGCUAACAGCAAAAUAACAAAAUUAUCGGGGAAUUUAAAAGUACCUUUGUUUAAAAAAAUACCAUCAACAUGACGGAGGACAUGUUAAGCGCAGAUAUAUGCAGGGUGUGUCGAUCAGAAGGUCUUUCAGAUAGACCACUAUUUCAUCCUUGUAUAUGUACUGGUAGUAUAAAAUGGAUUCAUCAAGAAUGUCUUGUUCAAUGGAUGAGAUAUUCACGAAAAGAAUAUUGUGAAUUAUGUGGUCAUAGAUUUUCAUUUACUCCAAUAUAUAGUCCAGAUAUGCCACGUCGUUUACCAAUACGUGAUGUUGUUGGUGGUUUAGUAUCAAGUAUUGUAACAGCAGUUAAAUAUUGGCUACAUUAUACAUUAGUUGCUGUUGCUUGGUUGGGACUUGUACCAUUAACAGCAUGUCGUACAUAUCGUGCAUUAUUUAGUGGUUCACUUGAUCUUGUACGUAUUAUGUCAUUACCAAUGGAUAUGUUAUCAACUGAAAAUAUAUCAUCAGAUGUAUUUCAUGGUUGUUUUGUUGUAACAUGUACAUUAUUUGCAUUUAUUGGUCUUGUAUGGCUAAGAGAACAAAUAUUACAUGCUGGUGGUCCUGAUUGGCUUGAACGUGAUGUACAACAACCACAAGUUGAUAAUCAACAAGCACAAUUAAUUGUUGAUGAUCAAGUACAACCAGAUUUAAAUGAUAAUAAUAAUGUACCACCAUUUGUUGAUGAACAACAAGCUAAUAAUGAACAACAACCAUUGUAUCGUGAAAUUGGUGAUAAUAAUCAACAAAAUAAUCCAAUAGUUGAUGCAGCAGCAGCUGCUGCUGCUGUUGAUGGUAAUGAUAAUGCUAAUAACAAUAAUAACAACAACAACAACAACAAUAACAAUAAUAAUGCUGAUGUUGAUGAUGGUGCUGGUGUUGAUGAUGGAUGGGGUGAUGGACAAGUACAAGAUCAAGCACCAGGACAAGGUGAAGCUGAAGAACAAAAUUGGGAUCAAAUUGAUUGGAAUAGACCAGCUGAAGAAUUAACAUGGGAAAGAUUACUUGGUCUUGAUGGUUCAUUAGUAUUUCUUGAGCAUGUUUUUUGGGUUAUAUCAUUAAAUACAUUAUUUAUACUUGUAUUUGCAUUUUGUCCAUAUAAUAUUGGACAUAUUGCUAUUGUUGCAAGUGGUCUUGAAGAAUUUGCUGCUGCAUCACAUUUUGAAGGUCUUGUUACAACAUUAUGUGGUUAUGGUGUUAUUGGUGGUACACUUGUUAUACUUCAUACACUUGCUGCAAUAUUUGGAUUACAACGUUCACAAAGAAUUCUUGGUUUAUGUUAUGUUGUUGUUAAAGUAUCAUUAUUAUCAGUUGUUGAAAUUGGUGUAUUACCACUUGUUUGUGGAUGGUGGUUAGAUAUAUGUUCAUUAGCAAUGUUUGAUGCAACAUUAAAAGAUCGUGAAUCAGCAUUUAGAAUUGCACCUGGUACAUGUAUGUUUAUACAUUGGCUUGUUGGUAUGGUUUAUAUUUAUUAUUUUGCAUCAUUUAUAUUAUUAUUGAGAGAAGUAUUGAGACCAGGUGUAUUAUGGUUUUUGAGAAAUUUAAAUGAUCCUGAUUUUUCACCAAUACAAGAAAUGAUACAUCUUCCAAUAUUAAGACAUGCUAGAAGAAUUUGGUACAGUUAUAUUAUUAAUUAUAAUCAGAUGCUUGCUUAUUACAUACAUGUGACACUCAAAGCAUCACUUGUUAUUGCAAGUUUAAUUGCAAUGACAUUACCAGUUUGGUUGGGUAGACGUGUUAUGGCAUUAUGGAUGGUUGGUGCACCAGCACCAUCACCACCAGUUUUACCACCAGUUUUACAUGUUGACAGUGUUGGUCAAGCAAUGGUUGUAUUUUCUGGACGUGUACAUGAAAUAUAUACAGUUGCAUGUGGUACAUAUGUUUGUUGGGCAGCAGCUCGUGGUUUAGCAUUAGCAUUUUCAUGGUUACCACGUGGACGUAGAGCAAUUAUUGAUCGUAUUAAACACUGGGCAAUGAUUAGUGCACGUGCAUCAAUUGCAUUUAUAUUAUUAGUUGGUGUUAUACCAUUAUUAUUUGGUCUAUUAUUAGAACUUGUUGUUGUUGUACCAUUACGUGUACCACUUGAUCAAAAUCCAAUAUUAUUUAUAUGGCAAGAUUGGGCACUUGGUGUACUAUAUACUAAAAUUGCAACAGCAAUAACAAUGAUGGGACCAGAAUGGCGUUUACGUUUAGCAAUUGAACGUGCAUAUAAUGAUGGUGUACGUGAAAUGGAUCUUAAAUUUAUUAUAACUGAAUUAGCAUCACCAGUUAUUUGUGUAUUUGGUCUUGCACUUGCAAUACCAUAUGCAAUUGCAUAUGGUAUUAUACCAUUAUUUAUAACAAAUUUACAAACACAAAUACUUAUUGCAAGACGUCUUUAUCCAUUUUUAUUACUUAUUAUUUUAGUUGGUGUACUUGUUACAUUUCACAUACGACAAUUUAAAAAAUUAUAUGAACACAUUAAAAAUGAUAAAUAUUUGGUUGGUCAAAGACUUGUUAAUUAUGAACAUCAUCGAAAACAACAACAACAACAACAACAACAAACACAAAAAUCAAGUUAACGACAUUUUUUCUUUGUUUUUUUUUUUUAAUGAAUACAUUCACACAAAUAAAAUUAUAUUAAAAAUAUAUUAUUAUUAUUAAUAAAUAAAACAAGAGUAAUACUUCAAAAAAAAAAAAGACGAUCCAACAAUUAGAUUUAGCUUCGUGUACAUUCUUAUAUAUCACUGUUUAAUUAAUAACAAUAAUAAUAAUAAAAAUUUAGAAAAUGAAAUUUAAAAAAAUUAUUUGAUGUUUUACAAAAAAAAAAAAAUAAUAUUUAGCAAAGCUUUAAUUAUUAUCAAGUGCGUACUAUUGGUUGAUUGAAUAAUCUUCAAUUAAUUUAUCAAAAAAUAAAUAUUUAUAUAGGUAAAUGUGGAAGUACAAGAAAAGUAUUGUUGGAACUUUUUUUUUCAUUUUACUUUAAAAAAAUCCAGACCUCAAAAAAAUAAUU